CCGGUGCCUUCGGCUCCUCUUCCCUUCGGCCCCAGGCAGCCGCCGCAACGACUGCCCGCCCACUCAGACGCAGGACCGACGGUAUCGGCGAUCUAUCGGCACCGGUUGCUGAGUCCCGCCGCGUCGUCUGCCGUUAACGCGCCCAUCGCCUUUUCGAGCGAGUUCGACGAGGACGCUGUGACUUUGGGCCAACAGAUCGCCCUCGCCUCGGCGUUCGCCUAUUCGCGUCAGCCGGUCGCCAGUCCGUCUCGCCGAGCCCAGCUUCACCGGGACUCGGAGCCGACCGCGUUGAGCCAAUCGCGCUCCGCCGACGUUACCGACGCAGUCGACGCCACCUUCGUCGAGUCGACGUCGUGGCUGCGCGGCUCCGUCGACGCGCCGACUCACGAGGCCUGGCUCAAGCCGACCUCCAACUGGCUCCCUCUUGACGACACCUCGACGUUUGUCCCGAUGCCGACGCCGACGCCGACGCCAACGUCGACAUCGACGUUUGUCGGUCGCAGCCCGCAACUGCGUGUGCACGCGUCUCUGCCCAACGCCUACUGCGUAGAGACCGAGGCCGGGCGACGCGCCCCUCUGGCCCUCGACUCGACGCCACCCACUGCCACGUGGUACGGCGGAUUCGGACCCGGCGCUCCUGCCGGCUUGUCCAGCUUCGGCUGCAACCACAACCACAUCCACAAUCACAAUCACAAUCACAAUCACAAGCUCAACCUUAACCACAACCGCCACGUCCUCGGAUCGGCCGAUGCCGCCGGUGGGCUCGGCGGCCAGUACGACUCGGAGGAGGAUUCGGUAGGCAGCUUGUCACGGUCUCACCCGUUUUGGUACCACCGGCGCCCGGUCAAGUUGGCCGCUGGCGCCGAUUGGUCACCGGACACGGUGAUCCAGUCGAAAUGGAAAUAUCUCGUCCGCGGACUCUUCUUUCGUAGCAAAUGA